AUUGUUAUCAUGGCGAUAAGUGUACUCGGCAACGCGCUUACCCUUGUUGCCGUCUACAACAACAAAAAGCUCCGGACGGUCCCUAACAUGUUUGUGGUGUCCCUCGCAGUGUCCGACCACGGGAUGGCCCUGACUUGAAUGCCUAUGUCCACCAGCGUACUAUUGACCUCUAGAUGGAUAUUCGGCAAGUUUAUUUGUCAGUGUGAAGGCUUCUUAGCCAUCGUAAUGGCAGCCGCAUCAACACAAACUCUUGCGGUUACUGCUAUCAAUCGCUACUUUGGAAUUGUCAAGUGUCUUCUCUACCGAGCGUAUUUCACGAAAAAAAGAACUACUAUUCUUAUUCUGGGCGUAUGGACACUCUCCUUUAUCGCACCGCUACCCUAUUUGUUUGCGGGUUUUGAGUUUGUUUUUCACCCGGGCAAACUCUUUUGUUAUGUUCCAUUACGAGCAAGCUGGUAUCUUGUAUUCAUAGUAGCAAUUUACGUGACUCUUCCUAGUUGUGUCAUUCUGUUUUGCUACACAAGAGUUUUUUAUACAAUUCGCCAAAGAAACAAACUCUUUCAGAAAACUCGUGAGCGAGGUAGCGCUAUUUCCACCGAUGACAUCAGGGUGACUAAAGUUCUUUUCGUCAUCGUUCUGUUCUAUUUUCUCUGCUGGUCACCCGUGCUGGUUAUAGACUUAGUGGACACGAUCUCCGGGAACAUGGCAACUCCCCGGGAGGGCUACAUCUCGUAUACCUUCCAGCAGCUCCGGUAACCCGGCGAUAUACGGGAUUAUGAAUCCCACUUUUAGGAGGGAGUAUCUGAGACUGUUGCGGUGCUGUAGGGUAAAUACGAACUGCGGGGUUUCGGCUGCGACCCAAAAUCAUCGAAAUCUUGCCAAUACGGACAAAUUAGGCUAUACUAUCUAUGA